CUUCAAUAUCAGAAGUUUGCUGCAAAUCUGUAAAAAACAAAUCUCCCAAAGUAUCCUACAUAUAUCCCUGGGAGCAUUUCUCCUUUCUUUUUGCAGAUGCAUUAAGCCUCAGGAGCAAUGGCAGGCGCUGGAGAGCGCAAAGGAAAGAAGGAUGACAAUGGGAUUGGCACGGCUAUUGAUUUUGUGUUGUCCAAUGCUCGACUUGUACUGGGAGUGGGAGGUGCUGCUAUGCUGGGGAUUGCUACCUUGGCUGUCAAACGGAUGUAUGACAGAGCAAUCAGUGCUCCAGCCAGCCCCACCCAUUUAAGCCAGUCAGGAAAGAGAAGCUGGGAGGAACCAAGCUGGCUUGGGUCAUCAUCACGAUUACUGAACCAAGACAUGAAGACAAAUCUUAGCCGUUCUCUGCAGACUCUGCCCACAGAUGCUUCAGAUUUUGAAAUAGAUUCCAUCAAAUCUAUGAAGCAUAAAUCACCUGCUAAAAGAAGCCAGGUGGAAUUGAAAAAAUCCCGCCUUCGGAUGUCCUUGCAAGAAAAACUGUUUGCUUAUUAUCGGAGAAAGGUGGCUAUCUCUGUAGAAGAACAAAUCAAAGCCAAGCAAGCUGCUGUGGAUAUCUGUGCUGAAUUACGCAGUUUCCUCCGUACCAAGUUGCCAGACAUGCCUCUGCGCGAGAUGUAUCUGAGUGGUAGCCUCUGUGAUGACUUACAGGUUGUGACAGCUGAUCACAUUCAACUUAUUGUUCCUCUUGUGCUAGAACAGAAUUUAUGGUCAUGCAUUCCGGGUGAAGAAACCAUUAUGAACAUCCCUGGCUUCUGCCUAGUACGUCGGGAAAACCCAGAGUAUUUUCCUCGUGGUAGCAGUUAUUGGGACCGCUGUGUAGUGGGAGGUUAUCUCUCACCUAAGUCUGUUUGUGGUACCUUUGAGAAAGUAGUGGCUGGCUCUAUCAAUUGGCCAGCAAUUGGAUCCCUCUUAGAUUAUGUGAUUCGUCCAGUCGCACCCUUAGAAUCUCUAACUUUGGAGGUGCAGUAUGAACGGGAUCGGCACCUUCUGAUAGACUUUUUACCAUCUGUGACACUAGGUGAUUCUGUAUUGGUAACCAAGCCACAUCGACUGGCCCAAUAUGAUAAUCUAUGGCGACUCAGCCUUCGGCCAGCAGAAACAGCUCGCCUGCGGGCCUUGGACCAAGAUGACUCUGGUUGCCGUUCUUUGUGCCUUAAGAUCCUCAAGGCCAUAUGUAAACUGAACCCAGUUCUGCGUCGUCUUUCUGCCAGCCAGCUUACCAAUGUAAUAUUACACCUGACUCAAGAAGAAACUGAUUGGUCACAAGAUGCAAUAGCUGACCGUUUUCUUCAGGCAUUGAGAAAACUGAUUGGCUAUUUGGAAGAAGGAAUUCUUCCGAGUGCUUUAAAUCCCAAGGUGAACUUGUUUUCAGAGCUUACUACUGAAGAAGUAGAUGAGUUAGGCUAUACUCUGUACUGUUCACUUUCAGAACCAGAACUUCUGCUGCAAAUGUAAUCGCUGCCUUAAGUAUGAGUUAGUGUUAGAACUACUUGCCAUGAUAAUUUGUCUUCUGAGUGACCUAUGCACAUCUUGCCCUGGUUAUUUUGCAAGUCUGCCUCUGCAUUUUUACUGUUAUUAAAUAGGAGUGGGGGGCUUUAGGUUUCUUGGUGCUACUGGUCUAGUUCCACUACACUCAAGGAAUUGAAGGAAGAAGCAACUUUGAAGAUCUGCUCAAUUUGCCAUAAUGUUCUUGUUGAUGUAUCCGCUGCUGGAGUCCCAACAUAUGCUCUAUUUCCUGUAAUACUUAAUACUUUGCUGCAGUGAAAAUUCUUACCUCCUAUUUCAAAAGUGUAGAAUUGUCACUAACAAUUUUAAGAACCCCCAAAAUAUAAUAAGGUUUGUUCCUAUUGAUUGGUGACUAUUUCCCCCCUUUUUAUUCUGAAAGUUCUUGACAGAAAAACUUCAAGAAAACUAUUCGUAGCAGGAUAUAUAUUUGUGAAUUCUGUACAUUGACUGUAUACUGUCUAGAGGAGGGGUUUUUUUUAAAAAAAAUAGCAUGCUGCUUUAAUUUAUGUGACACUCAGAGAGAUGAUGACCCCAUAUUUUGAAAACUGAGUGCAUAUUGUCUAGGACUUGCUGCUUUGGAGUCCUUCACUACACAAGCACAUACAAGAUCCUCAAUACACUCGUUUGAAAAACUGGUAGCAGAUUGGUAAUUGAUGCAGAGGAAUGUAAGAAGAGAAAUUUCAUAUUCACUUCUUUUGAAAUUAUUUGUCCAUGUGUUAAUUGUUUGAGAAAUUAGGAAAUAUCACUAAGGCACAGAUGAGGACACUUGAAAUAAAAAUUCUUGAAUAAGUGCUAUGACACUUCAAAAAUGUUGUGCCUUAAAAUUAUAACAAAGAGUAGAUAAGGGGUGACUAUAUGCAAAACUGAAGAGAGCAAAUAUGCUAUACUUGUUAUUGAUGGUCAGAGAUUUUGAAUUUGAAGCACCUUUGCCCUCUUCAAUUCUGAAUACUGCAUAUCAUUAGUGCUUGAGCUUCAAAUUAUUGGCUAGCUGGCAAAUGUAUGGAUACUUCCUGAAGGUUUUGUCUAUAAACUAUUGGGCACAGGCAAUUAGAAGAAAUGACACUACUGGAGGAACGCAAAAUAGUUUUAAGUGAAAAAUAUAUAUUAUGCUGUUUAUAUUUAAAGGAGAUGGCAUAUUAUAUAUUUAACCAGUUUGAUCCAAUUGUAUUCAAGAAACUAUAAAGCACAUUUUCUCCUAUGUGGUCUUCCGUACCUAACUUAUAUAACCCUCUUCUUAAUCUCUACUCAUUCUUUGAAAUGAUACAACAUUUAGGGAGGAGCUUCAGUAGCUGUAUCUCUUGCUUUGCAGAUACAAGCAUGGCAUGGUGAAUGUGUAAUCUCUUGGGAAUAUAUGGUUUGUUAAUGCUGCUAUCAUCUGGUACUUCUUCCAUCUUCCCCCAAGGGAAAAAACAGGAGGUACUCUAAGAGAUGAAACUGUCAAACCUCCAUAACAAGUAUUGCUACAAUACAUAUGUAAUUCUGAGGGUUGCCUUGUUUCACAUAUCCACUCUCAACAUUAAAUGGUAGAGUGGAUAAUGAGAUAAUUUGCAGAUCUUGGGAAUUGAACAUAAAACUUCCAUAUUCUUUCUGUUGAAAGUGGUGCUUACUAAGGCUACAUAUGCUUCAGAACAUUUUUGAAAGAAGGGGUUUGGUCCUUGUUUGCACAGAAUCACCUGAUACUCAUUAAAGUAGCCAGUUCUUUUUCAGGAUGCUACUUAAAAAGGUGUGUUAAUUUUAAUGAAUGGAAUCUGUAAAGCAGUGGCAUAUUUUGGAAGCCUGGAAAAAUGAAUUUAAUAAAUAACACAGCUGCUAGUUUUGUUGUGCAAGGCCCAAAAUGCUCCUUUAAAGUCACUGUCAAAAUAUAGCUCUAGGGCUUAUGUUAAGAUACUCUUCGUAGGCUCCAAUUCUGUAGCUAUGGAGAGUGCAAAAACUCAUUAUAUUUUGAGAUCAGAUUGUCUUUUACAGAUGGCAUAUAUUGUGGCAAUGGAAUCAGUAUUAGCCUAAUUUAAGUUUGUGUUAUAGCCAAAGAUGAAGUUGGGUGCCUGGCAAUUGUAACCUGGGAAAUAUUUGCUUUUGGCUUUUUUUAGUGAAUAAUAUAGUUUCCAUAAUACAUUCCUCUCCAUUCUCAACCUUCCUACUACAUGAGUUGAUGAACACCUAGAGCAGGGGUGGGUUCUACUUACCUUUACUACCGGUUUCCAAUGAGCCUGUGCGUUCUUCGGCACAUGCACAGAUCACCUAUAAUGACGUCCGGGUCAGUGGGCAGAGCCUCCCGCUGGUUUUACUACUGGUUCUUGUGAACCGGUCCGAACCAGGGGCAACCCACCACUGCUACAGAGACAUUAUGCAGUUAGAGACUUUGCUAUGAGGCCUAUUGUUUGCCAUCUUUGCUCCAUUUUUCCUUUUGUCUCUUAGUCUGCUGUUUGUUUAGAGCAGGAAAGCAAAUCGUAUGAGGCAAGAAUUAGAAGAAUCCAGUAUCUUGCAUUCCCAUUUAUCUUACUUUUAAAAAUUGCAAAAACCUUUUAUUAAAUUUUUAAAAAUUGUUAUAAGGUUGAAUAUAUAUUGUAUGUAGCUUUAAGCAACUAUCCCUGUGACAGUAAGAUGCCAUUUUGAUUUUUAUUUCACUUUCAUGUCUUUUAACUGUUAUUUCCUACAAAGCAAUGAUGAAUUGGGAUUUUUUUUCUCUUUGAAAUAUGUAAAAAAGAUUUAAGUCUAUUUCAUGAAAAGGUUCAUAACACAACAAAUUGCCACUGCCAUCUGUGCAAAAUCCAAGCUGAAAUAAAAGUGUUUACUCUUCCUUUCUGUUGAGGAUAAUAUACCUUGCAUUCUAUGUGAAUGAUAUUGUGUGAGGCAGCUGUAUUUCCUUGGAAAAUUCAAUUUGAAAACUUAGUAUUCUUAAACUUACAAGUAUUCACUUAAAUUGUAUGUGAUAACUAACUAACUGGCAGGGUUAGUUUUCAGCUCUCAGUCUGUAAAACAAUCAGAACAUAGAUAUUGAUUCAGUAGUAUGAAGUACAACACAUGGCCGUUGUUUUAAAUCACUGGGAAGUGGGAAGCCAACAACAGCAGCUGAUGGUGUCAAGCCAAUAGCUCAAGUCUGCUCAUCCUGGAAUAUACCUUAGGUGUCAAACCAAUCAGUAGAAACUGCAAUCAUGAUCAGCUAGCUGAAUAAUAAAUUUGUCUUCCCUUGGCACUAUUGACUUCCCAGGUUUGAUGAAAUAUUUGGGACAUUUGCCAGGCUGAAAUGUAUAAGGGUUGGAGGAGAAAAUUCUAAUGGUCUGUAACUGUGUAUAAAAGUUGUAAAAUAAAAUCCUCCACAACCAA